AUGGCAGUGAUGCCAACGUAUGCGAAGAGCGCCGCGAUCAACCGAGUGGCGCUGAGAGAUUUGCUCAUGGAACCGGUCAAGAAGGCUGGAAGGAUAAAGUACGAGAAGGCGUUCGAGCGAUACAGCGUCAUCCAAGAUGACCACAGCCAUGAGAAGGUGCGAGUCCACUUCAAAGAUGGGACAAGCGAUGUCUGCGAUAUUCUCAUCGGGGCCGACGGCAGAGGCUCGAAGACCAACGCCCAGCUCGGCGCAAGAAACCUUGUAACUAUGAACACGCACUUCAGCUUCGUCUCGAAAGGCAAUUUACAGCCCGACCGACUCAAGCAGCUUCCACAACGACUGCUGCAGGGCCUUGUUGUCGUUUUCAAAGGGCAAUUUAAGCUUGUCCUACGCACUGUACCUACUUCGCAGCGACGGUCCCGACGUCAACGACCCCAGCCGAGAAGGGAAACGUGA